AUGCCUCAAAGAAACUUGGAUGAAGGAAAUGUGUUUUUGAGUAAGAAUAUUAUUAGGGAUGUGGCAAAUCAAACUCCUCUUUUCAGUCAACAAUUGUUUCAUCCACAAGUUGUGAUAUUAAUCAAUACUGUGAAACUGGAUAAUCGAUUUGAGUGUGAUAAAGCUAGUGUCAAAGCUAAAGAUAUGAUCUGUAAUCGUGAAAAGAAAUUAAUGGCGCGUCCAAUUGAGUAUGUGGGAGAUAUCAAUGACUCAAAGGACCUAUGGAAGAUUUCUGUUAGGUGCAAACAUAUUUGGUCAGUCACAAGUGCUUCAAAGAAGGAACACCUUGAAAUGAUUCUCGUGGAUUCUAAGGGAUCUAUGAUUCAAGCUGUUGUACCUCCGUACUUGGUUGCCAAGUUCAAGGAAUAUCUCUGUCAUGGUUGUUCAUAUGUAAUGCAGAAUUUUAAAGUAGGUUCCAAUUACUUCUCUUUUAAGUCCACCGAUCACAAACACAAGCUGGUGUUCUGUGGUUUAACUUCCCUUAAGAAAACGGACAACUCAGAAAUUCCUGUUAAUGUUCUCAAUCUACUUAGUCUGGCUGACAUUGUAGAUGAUGUUCUUGGUGGAGUUGUAGAGAUUACUCAAUCCCACGUCAGUUUUGAUAACAGCAAGAGCAAAGUUGUUUUUUCAAUUACUGAUAAUAGCAAAUCCAUGGUUGUGUGUACGUUAUGGGGUCAAUUUGCAAUCCUAUUCAAUGAGUAUUGGACAAAAAAUAAGGAUGCUUGUAAUAUGGUUGUGCUUCUGAUUAAUGCUCGAAUAAAGGAGGCUCAAGGAAACUGUCCUUUAAACGUAUCCAAUGCGUGGAAUGGCACAAAACUGAUCAUUAAUGAUACUGGUUUUGAACAAGUUUCCAAGCUAAAAGAAAGUUUUAAAGGUGAUUUCCCAAAGUUAUCAGAUACAGGCGUGCAAGUUAGUGCAUCACAAAAUUCACAAUACUCAGAUUUCGAUAAGUUUGUAUGGAAGGCUGAUGUUUUAAGUCUUGCAGAAAUAGGGGGUUUGCAACAGGAAACUACAUGUGUAACUGUUGCCACGCUGGAUAAAUUUGAUGUUGGACAAUCUGGAUGGUAUUACGAUGGAUGUGUUGAUUGUACAAAGAGUGUGACUCUGAGGGAUGGAAAGCUUGAGUGUUAUGCAAAACAUAUAAGUCCUUUUCCCGUGCCCAGGUUUAAACUGGAAAUAUUGGCUGUUGACGGUAAAUGCAAUGCAAAGUUCAUUUUUUGGGACGUCGACUGUGUUAAGUUGGUAGGCAAAUCCGCUACUGAGAUUAUAAAUGUUCUAAAAAGGACUGGGGAGUAUGAUCCGCUUGAAUUCCCUUACGAACUUGAUUCAAUAUUGAAGCGUGAGUUGGCUAUCAGAGCUGUAUUCCAGCCCAAAAAUGGACGCCUUUCUGUGAUUGGUUUCAGAGAUGAUCCGGAAACCCGUAGCAGAGUUAAGGAAAAUUUUAGAGCUGAAGAGCCAACAUCUAGGCUUCGCAUAAUUGAACCAACAUCGCAGGACGAAUUUCCAAGUGUUUCUGAACCUCUGUCUGUCUCAGCCGAUUAUGAUCCUUUUGCAUUAAAUACUAAUCUUACCCCUUCUAAGAGAAUUUUGAGCGAAGCUGUUGAGGAAAUUGAAGGUGUCCAGCUUUCGUCGACGAAGUUAAUUAAAGAUAUCAAGAAGGAAGAGUAG